GUAUACAUCUAUCAUACUCUGCCAACUGCAAGGCACAUGACGCCACAAUUCUGCAUCGACGGAAUUAUUCAGAAUCCCAACACCAAAAACUUCCCCAACUCCACCUCCUCACCCAACCAAUGCAACAAUGAGCCGCGACGCCUACAGAGGCCCCAAGCUGCCCAAAACACUGCUCGCACAGGUUCAAGGCUCGCAGGGCCCUCAGAACGGCCGGCGCAAUGUGUCGCGCAAAGAUCGCCGCCGCGCCGAGCGGGUCGAGAAGAAAAGCCAGACGUCCAUCCGACGGCCGAUGACCAAGUUGGAUAAUGCGCGCGCACGCCAUGCGCGUAAUACUGAGAAUGCGGAUGCGAGUGAUGGGUUUAGCGAAGAGGAGGAUGAUGAGGAGGAGGAGGUCGUGCGGCCUGUCAAAGUUGCGAAGAGAGAGGGGGAGGAUGCGAAGCCGCUUAAAUCUAUUUUGAAGAGGAGGGAGGAGAGGGCGGAAGUACAGUCUGCUUCUUCGGACGAAGAGGAGGAGGGGUCAGAGGAGUCGGGAAGCGACGCCGGCUUUGUGGCGUCUGCUCGUGGGGCGAAGAGGAAGCUGGAAGACGAUGAUGCGGAGAUUGCGGCUUUGGAGAAGAGACUGGGGAUGAAGAGCAAGAAGAGCAAGGCGUCGAAAGAUGAAGGGUUGGACUGGCUCGUGGAUGGCUUGGGAGAUGAGAGUGGCAGUGACCUGGAAGAUGGGGGUCGGGUACGGAAGAGCGCGGAGGAUGAGGAAUGGUUGAAGAGCAAGAGGAUGAAGACUGCGGGCGCCAAGCGUCUGAAUACCAAGAAGGUGGACAGAGAGGAUGAUGGCAGUGACGAUGACAGCGACGAUCUCUCGAAGAACGAGCUAGAUGAAGAAGAAGAGAGUGGUGACGAGGACGGCGCCGACGCUUUCGAAGAUGACGAGGGUGACGAGGACGAUGAUUCUGAGCAAGAAGAUACGCGCUCCAAAUUGCAGACCACCCGCCAACGAGAGAAUCCAUAUCUCCCUCCAGUCUCUGCGACACCGGCCAACAAAUACAUCCCACCGUCACUGCGAAAGGAGACCUCCACGGAAGAGGGAGAACUUCUCAGGCAAAUCCGACGACAGAUCCAAGGUCUCCUGAAUCGUCUGUCUGACGCCAACAUCCUCUCUAUCGUCAAAUCCCUCGAAGAAGUCUACUCUCGACAUCCCCGCCAACACGUCACCUCCACCCUCGUUGAUCUCCUCGCCGGCCUAAUCACAGAUGCCGCUCCCUUGAAUGACACCUUCCUCAUCCUCCACGCCGCCUUCGCAGCGGCAUUGUACCGCCAGCUCGGCCCCGAUUUCGGCGCGCACCUGCUCGAGAAAAUGGUGGAGUCCUUCGCCCACCACCACAACACUAAGACCUUCUCGUCGGGCAAGCAGAGUCUCAACGUCCUCGCCUUCUUGUCGUACCUCUACACCUUUCAGCUCGUUGGAAGUGGGCUUCUUUUCGACUACAUUCGCCUGCUUCUGAAUGACUUUUCCGAAAAUAAUACCGAGCUGCUGCUGCGUGUGAUUCGCACAUCCGGCCAGCAACUUCGUCAGGACGAUCCAUCUGCACUCAAAGACAUCGUGCUGCUCCUGCAAAAGUCCGGCGCCAUUGCCUCAGGAGAAGCCAACCUCUCCGUCCGCACGAAGUUCAUGAUCGAGACCAUCAACGACCUCAAGAACAACCGGAUGAAACAAGGCGCAGCCGCAUCUGCGCUGGCAAGCGAGCACACGACGAAAAUGAAGAAAUUCCUCUCGUCCCUCAACACCAAUGCGUCCUUCAAAUCGACCGAGCCUCUCCGCCUCACCCUCGCCGACAUCCACAACGCCGACAGGAAAGGCAAAUGGUGGCUUGUGGGCGCCAGCUACCUCGAUCCGCACAAAUCGCAAACACCCACCGCCUCUACUGCAGCCACGACGCAGAACAACCUCGUCGACGACGCCGGCUACGAAUCCGAGAACCCCGAUGCCACUAACCUCGCCCGCCUUGCGCGAGCCCAGGGCAUGAACACCGCCGUGCGCCGCGCCAUCUUCAUCACCCUGCUCUCUUCCGCCUCCUAUGCCGAAGCACACGAGCGCAUAACCAAAUUGCAUCUCAAGUCUAAGCAGCAGCUGGAGAUUCCGCGGGUGCUGGUGCAUUGCGUCGGCGCAGAGGAGAGGUAUAACCCCUUCUACGCCCUUGUCGCGCGAAGGUUCUGCGCGGAGCGGGGACUAAGGAAGGGCAUGGUCUUUGCCGUUUGGGAUGUAGUGGGAGGCAUGGUGGAGGAGGAAGAUGCUGAAGAGGGCAUGGCGAUGCGCAAAGUCAUGAAUGUGGGCAAGUUCUGCGCGUACCUGACUGCCAGCGGGGGCAUGGAUAUGAAAGUGCUGCGCAAGGUGGAUUUUGCUUCGCUGACUUACGGGUCGCGGCAGAGCGUGUUUGUCGAAGUGUACCUCACGACUCUGCUCGUGCAGCUGCGGAAAGACCUACGUGGGAAGAGCGAGGUGGAGGCCGAGGAUGCGAUCAAGGCGCUUUUUGCCAGGACGGGCGAGGUGUCUGGAUUGGCGGCGGGAUUGUCAAUGUUUGUAAGGGAUGUGUUGGUCGACGGACAUCUGGCGAUGGGGAAGAAGGAGAAAAAGGCGCUGCGAUGGGGAUGUGAGAUUGCUGCUGAUGUUUUGAGGGAUGCUGUGGCGAAGGGACGGGAAGUCGUAGAGGAUGAUGAGGAGUCUGACUGAUGCACACGAAUGAGGCUGCGGCGAUCGGACGAAUAUGCGUCCAUCCUCUGCUACCGCGCGGGUAAGCAAGUGCCUAGGAAUUUUCUGGCCAAGCUUUCGACCCAAUACAUUAAUGGACAUCAGUCCCUCCCAUCUCCACUGCA